AUGCCGGCCAUCAAUCCACUCCCCGUGCUGCGCAGCUGCGCCUUCCGUCCACGACAGCCACUCUUGCGAUCCACCAAUGCGGUCAUUGGGGUCAAGAGACCUGCGCAUCGCUCGUUUGCGGACAAAAAGAGCGCAGACCUGCCGGCCGCUGAUCAAGAUGCCGUCGGACCGAACAUGCAACAACAGGAGCACGUCAGCGAGGAAGCCGCGAAAAUGGCCAAGGUCCAAGGUGGAGAGGGUCCUGAUAUGAGCCAGGGCACGCCUGUGCAGGAUAUUCUCAAGAAGGAAAAGGACACACGCAAAAAUGCGCCGCAGGUCAUCAAGGACGACAUCAAGAGCGGGAAGCCGCCGGCAAAGCCUUCGACACGCACAUUCUCAACUCUCGCACGGCGACAGAUGGAGGUCACGCCGAGCUCUGGUGCUGGCUCUCUGGAUCCGUCAAUGAUGCCUAGCGCUGCCCAACAGGCUCAAUACACUGCCGAUCUUGAUGCAUCAUCCAGCCUGCCCGAAGAAACCAAGGGUCACAAAUUUCCCCUGCCUGAUCUGCCUCUGCCGCCUACGGGUGCAAAGGACUACAGGUACGAUCCUGUUGUCAUGCAAGUGACCAAUUUGCUCAUGCAGGAUGGCAAGAAGGGAGUAGCACAGCGCAACAUGGCCGCCAUCCUCACCAUACUCCGUACCACCCCUCCACCGACAUACAACCCAAAUAGACCACUUCUUCCUGGCGCCCCGCCCGCGAGCCACCUACCCCUGAAUCCAACCCUAUAUCUCACAUUAGCCAUUGACAGCGUGGCACCACUCCUCCGCAUUCGAUCACAGAAGGGUGCGGCGGGUGGAGGUGUGGCUCUUCAAAUCCCAGUACCUCUUGGUCUGCGACAGCGAAGACGGCAAGCGUGCGAAUGGAUCCUUGACGCAGCACAAAAGCGAAAAAGCAGGGGCAGCGGGAAGGACAUGUUUGCACAAAAAGUCGCAGAGGAGUUGAUUGCUGUUGUUGAGGGGAAAUCUGCAGUGUGGGAGAAGAGGCAAGGUGUGCACAAACUUGCCACGACAGCACGGAGUAACCUCAACUACGGUAAAACUGGAAGGAGAUGA